UCUAAUUCUACCUUAUUUCCUGUUUUAGAAGCGGUGGAGCCUCAAAAUGUCAGCAUGCCGCAAGUUCUGAAAGCGUGUGUUAUUAAAAUAAUACAUCAUUGUUUAAUGGGAUGUUUAAAAUCAGAAGAUAAUGUGGAUGGAAACAAUGAAACAGAACUUAUUAACAGCUUAUGUAUUCGGCUUUCUAUGCCACAUGUUCUCUGGGUCAUCAUCAGUAUUACUGACAAAAUGGAUAAAUUAUAUUUCACCCGGGAUACAUUUGACGAUCUCAAGACAUUCAUACAGUGUAUAAAGAAUAGCCAUGAACCGCUGUCAUUAAUGUCAAAGACUGAAGCUGAAUUACCAUUGGCUCUGAAGAGGAUCAUAUGCCAGAAUGUAACAGAAAUUAAUUACAAUAAACUGUUAAAGCUAUGAAAUUUAUAAUAAAAUGUGAUUUACAAAACACAUGAAAGGUGUAUUAUAUUUUUUUCUUUUGCUGACCCUUCUGUUUAAACUUGUCAGAUGUUAAACACAGAGAUACAGUUUAAUUAAAGCUCAUGUGAUAUUACUACAUUAGCUUCUAUUCAAAUGCUUCUUUCAGCUAGGCAGGGCGGGCAGUUUUUGCAUAAGGUGUGAAGAACUCCCCUUUUCUGAUGUGAUUAAUUUGUGACGUCACUAAGGUGUAUAAAAGCAGGAGACUAUACAGGUCUAGUCAUGUUUACUGGUUUCUGGCAUAACCAUACCUCUGGAGCAAUUUGAACUGCUAAGAAGACCCCUGUUCAGAAUGGAAUCUACUAUUGUAAGUAAUUUUAAGCCUAAUUUUGAAACACUUAGAUAUAAAAUGGUUUUUAUAGAGUGGUUGCUUAUUUGUUUGAUUGAAUUUUUUCUUUCACUAGAAUGAAUUGACAGAUUCAGAAUGUUUGAUGGGUGUUACAAUUAAUGAAUUGACAGACUCAGAAUGUUUGAGGGCAUAUGAAGAAUGGGUGGACGAUCAAGCAUUCGCUGAUCACACUAUUCCUGCAGAAUCCCAGGGGUCCCAGCAUAACAUGACCCCUCAGCCUUCCACAAGCCGCACAGCACAAAGUCCGCUAGGAGAACCGUCCUGCAAAAAAGCAAAAAUGCAUGGCGCCGGGCUUCCUGAAUCCCUAGCAGACAGUGUUAGUUGUGAUACUAUGACUGUCUCUCAACCAGAAGAGGAUACACACCAUACUAUGUCCCAGCUACAAGCUCCUGGCUCUGUAAACUCUCAAAAUGUGAACAAUGUUUAUCUGGAUAUGGUGCAGGCGUGGGAAAAUCCUAUCCGGAAUUUUAGAGCUGUGGAAUAUUAUCAGAGAUAUAGAUUUAUUAAUCUUGAUCAAAUCCGAUCUUUUGUAGUUGCUAUAGAGGCCAUACAUAAUGUGAUACAGAUUCUUUUGAAUAACGUAGCCAUGAACAUCGGCCCAAAUGAUUUUGUUCAACUACGGUUGGAUGCAGAGGGGUUAAACCAUCCCAUCUUUUCUCAUAGGAGGUGUAUGAAUGAUUUAAACGCUGAUGAUUUUCUGACCAGUGUUGAAAAUCUGCUACAAAGUAAGGCUGAGAUAUUGUGGGGGGGUGAUUUGCAAUUAGUGGUUACCAUCGUGAAGAACAAGGAGGGAGGGGGGCUUAGGAAGUUAAAUACUUUGCUGCUUACCAAAGUACUGGAGAAAAAAAGACAGCAUCUAGUAGAUUUCAAUGUGGAAGGCGAAUUUCUUUGUUUUGCCAGCUGUUUGCUCUGUCUGAUUGGUUCUGAUGGUAGUAAGCAAGAAAUUAUUACCAAGGCCAGGGAACUUCACAGCAAACUGGGUAUAUCCACAGGAAACAGGAUUGACUUUUCUCAGGUACACAUCUUUGAAAAACAUUUACAGGUCACUAUAAAGAUCUUGUUUUACAUGCAGGACGGGUGGCGUUUUUUUGUUACAGGUCACCCGCAGCAAGAAAAAAUAGUAUUUAUAUUAUUGCACGACAGGCAUUACUAUGGUGUUAAAAAUAUCAAGGGCUUUCUGGGCGAACGCUAUUUUUGUAAAUUCUGCCACACGGCUUAUCACCACAAAUUUAGUCACGGGUGCCAAUAUAUUUGCAGAGCAUGCCUAAAGCAAGAGUGUCAGCAGGUUGAGGUGGAGAAGGGGCUGUGCUGUAGAUGCAAAGCACCUUGUCGGUCUAAGGAAUGUGCUGAAAGACAUGCACAACUCGCUAAGGAGGGAAAAGUUGAGUGUAAGACUAAACAAUAUUGUGAAACGUGUGGUCUUUAUGUCUUUACCCCCCACAAAAAGUGCAAGGAAGUCAAAUGUGGGCAGUGCUCUGAGAAGGUAGAAAGCUUGGAAGGUCAUUUAUGCUUUCUAAAAUCGUUGGACCGACCACGAAUUGGCGAAAGAUAUAUUAUUUAUGAUUUUGAAUGCUGCCAAGAAACAGGUACCCACAUACCUAAUUAUACAUGUGCCAGGGAUAUGCUGAAAGAUGAGGACGAUAAAGAUGUUGUGAGGUGGGAUUGUUAUGGUGUUAGAUGCUUGGAACAGUUUAUAAAGAAAUUUAUAAAUCAUAAGUUUAAAGGUUGUACUUUUAUUGCACACAACUCCAAAGGUUAUGAUGGAUACCUUGUACUGAGGCAGCUGAUCCGAGAAAAGGUUAGGGUUCAACUUAUAAGUCAGGGUGGGAAACUACUGUGUAUUACCCUUCCAGACUAUAAGAUUCGGUUUAUUGAUAGCCUCUCAUUUUUACCACUUAAAUUAUCCAAAUUACCCAAAGCUAUGGGGUUUCAAGGCUGCAAAGGAUAUUUCCCUCACUUAUUCAAUACAAUGGCCAAUCAAGACUACGUGGGGCCGCUCCCUGAAACCAAGUAUUACAGCCCAGAAACUAUGAUGCCUGGGGAGAGAGAAGAAUUCCUGAAAUGGCACACUGCUAAUAGAGGUACUGUGUUUAAACUAAAGAAGGCUCUGGCUUACUAUUGCAGACAGGAUGUAGAUAUAUUAAGAGAGGCCUGUAUUCGAUUUAGGGAUCAGGUGAUGAAAAUGACUGAGCGUGAGUACAGCAGUGGGGUCGGGUUGGAUACUGUUGAGGAGAUUCAAUGCAUUGACCCCUUCCAAUAUAUCACAUUGGCAUCUGUCUGCAUGGCACAGUACCUGUUCAUGUAUUUGAAAAGCAAUACCAUUGCUUUAGAUCCUUUGGACAAUUAUCACAAUACACAGAAAAGGUAUUCGGCUCCAGCGAUUCAAUGGUUGUUGUAUAUAGAGCACACUGAGAAGCUCAAUAUUCAACAUGCUCUGAAGGGUGGUGAAAAGAAAGUGGGCAAAUAUUUUUUGGAUGGUUUCGCGGUCAUAAAUGGAACCCCCACAGCUUUUGAAUUUCACGGGUGUUUUUUUCAUGGGUGCCCUGUCUGCUACUCUGAAAAAGACUUCAACAAAUUACUUGAUUCAACAUAUGGUAGCCUGCACAGCCGUACUAGGAUUAAAGAAGAAUACCUCAGGUCACAGGGUUAUGCUUUGCGCUGCAUCUGGGAACAUGAGUGGCGAGCCAUGGUGGAGGAGGAUACCUCUUUGAAGCAGUUUCUAGUUGAGAAUAAGCUCCCAGCUCCUUUGAAUCCUCGAGAUGCUUUUUUUGGUGGUAGAACAAAUGCUACAUGCCUGUACUACAAACCAAAACCUGGUGAACAAAUCUUAUACUACGAUUUCACCAGUUUGUACCCUUUUGUGAAUAAGACCAAGGAGUAUCCAAUUGGGCACCCUCAAAUCAUCUAUCAAAACUUUGGGGACAUAAAGCAAUAUUUUGGGCUAGUCAAAGUCAAAGUGUACCCGCCAAGGAAUCUCUAUUUCCCAGUCCUACCUCACAAAUCAGGGGGCAAAUUAAUGUUUAGUUUGUGCGCUACCUGCACAGAAAAACUGCAAACCUCCCCCUGUAAACACAGUGAUGAGGAAAGAGCUCUGACCGGUACAUGGUGUACUGUUGAAUUGAAUGUAGCCUUAGAAAAAGGUUACAGAAUUGUUGAAAUCUAUGAGAUCUGGCAUUUUGAAAAAACUUCAAAUGAGCUAUUUUCAGGAUAUAUGAACAUGCAUCUCAGACAGAAACAGGAGGCCAGUGGUUACCCUGAAUGGUGCAAAACAGAUCAGGAUAAAGAGCAAUAUAUUCAGGAUUACGAAAAGAUGGAAGGGGUCCAUUUACGACGUGACAGCAUUGAAGUAAAUCCUGCCAAAAGACAGAUUGCCAAACUCUUUUUAAAUUCAUUGUGGGGCAAGUUUGGGCAGAGCACCAAUCACCUGACCACAUCAGUGGUGACAAACCCUGAGGAAUUAUUCAAAUAUCUUUUUGUACCCUAUUAUGACGUUUCUUCAUGUGAGUUUGUAGAUACAGAGACAGCUGUCGUGACGUGGAAAACUGCCAAGAACCAACCCACCAAGUCCUCAUGCACUAAUGUAUUCAUUGCCAGCUUUACGACCGCUUAUGCACGGCUAGAAUUAUACAGACUACUGGAGGGGCUGGGCGAUAGGUGUCUGUACCAUGACACCGAUUCAGUCAUCUUUGUAAGUAGAGAGGGGGCGUGGACACCCCCUUUGGGUGAUUAUUUAGGACAACUGACAAGCGAAAUUCCACCAAACACUACGAUAACAGAGUUUGUUGCGGCCGGCCCAAAAACGUAUGCUUAUGCUUUAUCCAACGGUGAAGCAGUGGUAAAAGUGAAGGGUAUCACGCUAAAUUGUGGUAAUAGCAGUAAAGUUAACUUUGACAGUUUGAAAGAUUUGGUAGAUGAUUAUUGUCUGCCUGAUGCAAAGAGAAAAAAGGAGAUCAGUGUAGAACAGUUGGGAAUUGUCAGGGUUAAGAAACAGUGGACCUUAGAAACGAGGGUCCUCCGAAAAACUUUAAAAGUUGUGUAUAAUAAAAGGUUAUUAAAUAGUGAGGAUUACUGUACACUGCCUUACGGUUAUUAA